CGUGGCCGCGCGCACUCCAAUGGGCGGCGCCGGGGCGACUUGGUGUUCCCGGCGGCCCGUGCGUCGGCGGUGGUUGGGUGGUAAGAUGGCGGCUGUGAGUCUGCGGCUCGGCGAUCUGGUGUGGGGGAAACUCGGCCGGUAUCCUCCUUGGCCAGGAAAGAUUGUUAAUCCACCCAAAGACUUGAAGAAACCUCGUGGCAAGAAAUGCUUCUUUGUGAAGUUUUUUGGAACAGAAGAUCAUGCUUGGAUCAAAGUGGAACAGCUAAAGCCAUACCAUGCACAUAAAGAAGAAAUGAUAAAGAUUAACAAGGGGAAAAGAUUUCAGCAGGCUGUGGAUGCUGUCGAAGAGUUCCUCCGGAGAGCCAAAGGGAAAGACCAGACAUCAUCCCACAAUUCUGCUGAUGACAAGAAUCGGCGUAAUUCCAGUGAGGAGAGAAGUAGGCCAAACUCAGGUGAUGAGAAGCGGAAGCUUAGCCUGUCUGAAGGGAAGGUGAAGAAGAACAUGGGAGAAGGAAAGAAGAGGGUGUCUUCAGGCUCUUCAGAGAGAGGUUCCAAGUCCCCUCUGAAAAGAGCCCAAGAGCAGAGUCCCCGGAAACGGGGUCGGCCCCCAAAGGAUGAGAAGGAUCUCACCAUCCCUGAGUCUAGUACCGUGAAGGGGGUGAUGGCUGGACCGAUGGCCGCGUUUAAAUGGCAGCCGACUGUGAGCGAGCCUGUGAAAGAUGCAGAUCCUCAUUUCCAUCAUUUCCUGCUCAGCCAAACUGAGAAGCCAGCUGUCUGUUACCAGGCAAUCACAAAGAAGUUGAAAAUAUGUGAAGAGGAAACUGGGUCCACCUCCAUCCAGGCAGCAGACAGCACGGCCGUGAAUGGCAGCAUCACACCCACAGACAAAAAGAUAGGAUUUUUGGGCCUUGGCCUCAUGGGAAGUGGCAUCGUCUCCAACUUACUAAAAAUGGGUCACACAGUGACUGUCUGGAACCGGACUGCAGAAAAAUGUGAUUUGUUCAUCCAGGAGGGGGCCCGCCUAGGAAGAACCCCCGCUGAAGUCGUUUCAACUUGUGACAUCACCUUUGCCUGCGUGUCAGAUCCAAAGGCAGCCAAGGACCUGGUGCUGGGCCCCAGUGGUGUGCUGCAAGGGAUCCGCCCUGGGAAGUGCUACGUGGACAUGUCAACAGUGGAUGCUGACACAGUCACCGAGCUGGCCCAGGUGAUUGUGUCCAGGGGGGGGCGCUUUCUGGAAGCCCCAGUCUCAGGGAAUCAGCAGCUGUCUAAUGAUGGGAUGCUGGUGAUCUUAGCAGCCGGAGACAGGGGCUUGUAUGAGGACUGCAGCAGCUGCUUCCAGGCAAUGGGGAAGACCUCCUUCUUUCUAGGUGAGGUUGGCAACGCAGCCAAGAUGAUGCUGAUCGUGAACAUGGUACAGGGAAGCUUCAUGGCCACCAUUGCUGAAGGGUUAACCCUGGCCCAAGUGACAGGCCAGUCCCAGCAGACACUCUUGGACAUCCUCAAUCAGGGACAGUUGGCCAGCAUUUUCCUGGACCAGAAGUGCCAAAAUAUCCUUCAAGGGAACUUUAAGCCUGAUUUCUACCUGAAGUAUAUUCAGAAGGAUCUCCGCUUAGCCAUUGCCCUGGGAGAUGCUGUCAACCAUCCUACUCCUAUGGCAGCUGCAGCCAAUGAGGUAUACAAAAGAGCCAAGGCACUGGACCAGUCUGACAACGACAUGUCUGCGGUGUACCGAGCCUAUAUACACUAAGCCCUCAAUACCCUACCCCUGCCCCCCAAUCUUCCCUCUGACCCCUCCUCCUCACAUGAGGUUGGGGUUCUGGGACUUAAUCUGGACCAGUCCACCUGUCUCCAUCUCCUUUUAUACAGACUUUGAGACUUGCCAUCAGCACAGCACACAGCGUCACUCCUCCCCUGGAGGUCCUGGGGAGGGGAGGGGUGUCAGCAGGAUUGGCCUUUGGGAAAGCUCUUGAGCUGGGCACUGGCCCCGGACUAGGUGGCUGUGUGUUCACACACACACACACACACACACACACACACCACACCCUCUACACACCACACACUGGCUCUUGCCCCAGGAUAGAAGCUGCCCAGAAACUGCUGCCUGGCUUUUUUUUUUUUUUUUUUUUUUCCUUCUGAGCUUGUCUUAUCUCAGACGCUUUCCAGUCGAGGAACUAGAAUCAACAGUGAGAACUGGAAGCCUUUCCACUGCUUCCUUCCCUCAGAGCAAAGAGGCUGUGGUUAUGUCCACACCCCCUGCGCGAGAGAGAGGCUCUGGGCCAAGAUGAGCCAGCACCGACUCCAAACAGGGUCCUCGUGGGCCCUCCAACCUCAGGUGACCAGCUGAUGAGGACUGUCAUGUUUAAGCUACCAGUGUGCAACCAACUCCAUAAAUGCCUUUGUGAACUGAAAAGAAAUUGGCAAAGUUGAGAAACACAGGGCUCUGGCUCUCUGGGGAGAGCAGCAAAUUGCCAGCAUGUUAGGUGAGCCUCACAGAAUCCUGUUCUCACCGCUGUUGAGCGCCUGUCCCAGAAGUCACCGUCACUGCAGAGCCUUGGGCUGGGAUCAGACUUCCUUGCUUUGGUGGAGGUGGAGCUCACUCCUCACCAGGCUCUUUUAGUAUUUGGAUUUGCAUUCCAGCCCUUGGGAAGGGGAUCCUGAGGGCCACCAGGGAGGAGUGAAGAGGGAGGAGAGUGGGGUUCCUUCCUGUUUCCCGUUAUGCUGCAGACUUCCACCUGGUUCUGAAGAGCCACUCUGACUGGAUCCCUUCACAGCAGUCCCACUCUCUCCAGCCUGCUCCUGUACAUGUUCCCCACCUGCCCACCUCUUCAUUCUCCCUUGCUCCUCCUCUUCUCAUGGAGACAGUGUUUCUUUCUGUCUGUCCUUUGGCCCAGACCCAGCCUGACCAACUGAUGGCCAGCUCUUGAAACCGGAACGAGUGUCUUCACUUCAACCAGAAGCAUGGUCUUCGAUGCUUCCAGAGCCCCAGGGUCUUUCGGGAGGGAAGAGAACUGGGCCUGACCCAAUCUGAACUAUCUGACCCUAGAAGGUUGGAGCUAAGACGUCCUUGAGACCCUAACAUUUCUCCUUGGAUAGGGGACCAGACCGGCUUCAAAUGUGGCAUAAAAACAAGGAGAAGUCACUUGAAGGAUGUCAACGUUUUCUCCCUCGUCCAUGGGUUGCAUUUUCCAAAGUCACGCUUUGCAGGUCAGCAUUUCUAGUGAAUAUACAGAAUGAGACCACACUGGUGUGGGCCUCUCCCCCUCACAACCAUGGCCCUUUCCCACUGAUCAGAAAUCCAGGCUAGGGGGAGGGCAGGGAAGAUGCCUGCAGGUUUUUGGCAUAACUUCACUGGGAUUUGGAAUUCUUUUCUGUCUGAACACAAAGCCUGUUCUAGUCCUAGCUGGACACUGGGGGGGUGGGGGGUGGGGGAGAUGCUGUAAUGAAACUGGUUAGUCAAUGUUGUCUUAAUAUUGUUGACAAUUCUGUAAAGUUUCUUUUUAUGAGUAUUUCUGUUUAAGCUAUUUCACCUUUGUUUUGAAAUCCUUCCCUUUUAGGAGAAAAUGUGACACUUGUGAAAACUUGUAAGAAAGCCCCUGUUCCGCGAACCUUUUUUUUUUUUCCUUUACACCUUUAAAUGACAAAAAUCUAGGUAAUUAAGGUUGUGAAUUUUUAUUUUUGCUUUGUUUUUAAUGAACAUUUGUCUUUCAGAAUAGGAUUGUGUGAUGUUUAAAUGGCAAAAAAAAAUGAUUUUGUGCAAUUAACAAAAAGCUACUGCAAGCAAAAUAAAACGUUUCUUGGUAACACAA